AUGAUGAAACCUCAUAAUGGCAAUGAAAAAAAGAAGAUAUUAUGCGUUUUCCCCCGGCGCACUUCUGGCAAGAGUGUUCCCCGUACGGUCCCUCGAGGCUUUAAGAAGGAACCAAACAAGAAAAAAAUAACCAAUAAAAAAACAUUUGAAAGAAAUGGUGGAAGCCACUUCACCUUAGCACUAAGAUCUUUCGGAAACCGUGCGAGGGGCAUUAAAAAUGUCUUUGCAGUUUUUGCUUUGAAUCAACACCGGAAAGGUAUUGGCAAAAAUCUCCCUUUAUGCUUGAAGCUGUAUAAAUACUCAAUGUUUCUUCCUGAAAAACAAAAGAUGAUCUUCAUUAAAUACAUUCCUUCCCUGCCGGAAGUCAAACUGCACCGGCAUCGAUAG